UUCCAGCGCUGUGUGUCUGAGGAGGGGCGCGCUGCGUCAUGUUUACAUCUCACAGGUGGCAGCAUGUGAAAAGGUGCCAGUCCUCCUCCUCCUGCUAUUUAUACACCCCCCGCACGUGCUCUCACGUUCAAGGUUGAUAGAGAACGCAUGAGCCGGUCUGAAUACAGGAAGUUGCAUCAUGAGCGGCAGAAAGGUUGCCCUCUUCUGGAUUUGGAUGGGUAUUGUGUGUUUGAGCAGAGGGCCUGCCACAGCUCCUCUCCACCCCUUGAAGGGCAGACACACAAACACACACACACACACACAUACACACACACAAACACACACAGUUUGUGUAAUGUGGUUUCGCAGCAAGGACUGGGGAGCCUCCUGCUCUAUGGGUAAAGCCUGGGAAACUUAACCCUCUGAUUUCGUGAGCAGCAGGAGAAUUUGGAGAAGAUGAAACAGCCUGACAGACACUCAGUCUUUUCCCACUGGAUGGAUUUCCACACAUCCAACAUCACUGCAGAGUUCAUCUGAUCUGAUUUUGUCUCUGAGGCUUUCUAGGCCCUUCCACUGUAAGGGCACCUGCACAAUUUGUACAUCUGUUCCAGGCAGAAAGGCACCAUGGGAAACAUCUUCCAGUGCUGUCAGACACUGUCAAACUACUUUAAGUGUAAGGAUGCGUCAGCCUCAGGUGAGGCAGAACGAUCUCCUCUGCUGUCCAGCGAGGAGAGUGAAUGCGAGUCACCGAGCCUGCCGGACAACUUGGAGGACGAUGCGUUAACCAUCUCGCCAAACGGCAUAACAAACCCGGCCCUCGAACCGGAGCACUUUCUGUUUCCUGACAUCAUCCUAAGCAGCACCCUGGGAGGAGAUGUGACUCUGGUGGAGCCGAUGGUGUGUCUGCUCGUGUCUGAGGAGGAUGAAGGAGGUGGCGAGGGUAUGGACGAGCUAAGAAGCGAAGAACCAGGGAGGAGCAGCGAGGGGCGAGACAGGGGGUGCUCUGAGGUUGAGACACAGACUGAAAUAGAGACCCAGAUUGGCAUGGGGGUACAGACUCAGACUGAGUCGCAAGCAGAAGUUCAAACACAAACAGAAACACUGGAGUGCAAUAACAAGAGAGUGGAGAGAGGAGUAAGUACACAAACUAAUACUGGGACUACAAAAGAGAUGGAUGACUGGGAGGAAUGUGGAAGUGUGGAACUGCUGCUUUUGGAGGCACAAACAUCACAAAAGAAAAAGAGAGACUCUUGUUGUGACCUAGAAGUUUUUGCUGACUUAGAGCUGCCGGGGAAGGCGGGAAGGCAGACAGACAAAGACAAACCUGAAGUGACGGCCACUUUAACAAAGCUAACUUUGCAAACAGAGCAAAACACUGACCUAACCGAGCAGCAACAUACAGAUUUUGCCUGGAGAGAUCAGAUGACUUCACAGUGCCACAAAAAGGACGAAGAGCAGAACACUGAAUCCGAACGCGCCUCAGUGACGCAGACUGACCACAAGGUCGGCAGCACCGAUGAGAACAUUGCUGCAGUGGAGUCACAGAAGAUGACAAACACAGAAAAUCUGGAGAUCUUUGACCCCACUGAGGGCUGCAUGGAUCUGGUUAAACAGAGCAAUCAGGAUAAUGGACAGAUGGGAGACUUAGAGCAUGAAAAGGAAUAUAAUAACAUCCACAUAGAAACAAACAUGUCUGACGACCACACAGUUGAGACAGCAGAUCAUAGUCAGAGUCUAGAAAAAUCACAGCCUCCAGAGGAGUCAGAGGGCGACAUCAAGACUGAGCCCCUGGCAGAAGAAGAAGAAGAAGAAGUGGCUGAGAUGAAUCAAAUGACUCUGUUUUUAGUUGACAGACUGUUUCUGGCAGCACCACAUGUCCAAGCACCUCCAAACCCAACUACAGAAAUCCCCGAGGAUGAUCCCCCAGAGCGUUCUGAUGAUGAUAAAAAGAAACAACUUAGCAACCAAGACAUAGUUGAGCUCCAAGAGACGGGCUUUACUGUCAGGAUUCAGCCUCCGGGAACAGAAAGUUUUGAGCUGCAGGUGUCAGGUCAGAUGUUGGUGGUGGAGCUUCACCAGGUGCUUAUGGAUCACGAGAUCACCUGUCACCGCACGUGCUUCUCCCUCCAGCUGGGUGGCACCACACUCGACGGCCUUAAAGAGCUGCGCUCCAUCCAGGGCGUCCGGGACGGAGCGCAGAUCAAGGUGGUGGAGGAAUCCUACUCGGUGCGUGAUGCUCGUCUUCAUCUCAGACACGUACGUGAUCUUCUGAGGAGCCUUGACCCCACGGAUGCGUACAAUGGCGUGAACGGCAGCUCACUGUCUUACCUCACCUUUUGCACCAGAGGAAGCGAGGAUGGUCAGAGCCUGGUGAAGAGGCGAGCUUCCGAAAGGGAGUCUGUUGACUGCAGCCCUCCGGAAUACAUCCUUCCCGGAUCUAAGGACCGACCACUUUCUCUGCUGCAGCCAGUCAGAGAGGACUGGAAGCCUUUGCAGUGCCUGCGGGUCCUGACCCUGAGCAGCUGGAACCCACCUCCAGGAAACAGGAAGAUGCACGGCGACUUAAUGUACCUCAAUGUCGUGACUAUGGAGGACAAAGAACUCAAUAUUACAUCCUCUACAAGGGGUUUCUUCCUCAACCAGUCGACUGCUUUCAACUUCAACCCCAAACCUGCAGUUUCCAAAAUCCUUUGCCACUCUCUAGUGGAGCUGCUGAGUCAAGUCAGCCCUGCUUUCAGGAAAAACUUCACUGCCCUGCAGAAGAAGAGAGUUCAGCAGCACGCUUAUGAGCGCAUCGCAGCACCUUUCCAGGUCUUCACCUGGACUGCGCCCCACGGAGACCACACCCUCGACUGCGUGAGAGCGGAGGAGACUCACACCAGCUACAUGGGCACGGACGAGCACACGGCCGGGCAGAGUCGAGACUGGAAUGAGGAGCUUCAGGGAUGCAGAGAGCUCCCCAGGAGAUCCCUGCAGGAGCGACUGCACAGAGAGAGGAGCAUGUUCAAGACGAACAGUGACUUUGUGGCUGCUGCAACACGAGGUGCUGCGGCUGUUAUUGACGGUAACAUCAUGCCAAUAAACCCAGGGGAGUCACCUCAUUUGCAGAUGUUCAUAUGGAACAACCUCUUCUUCAGCCAGGGGUUUGAUGUGUCUGAGCACUACCAACCACUAGGGGGCAACACUGCUGCUCACGCUGCUGCCAUCUGUGACCUGAGAGGAGCACAGGCGUAUGCAUCUGUGGACAUAGAAGGGCUUCACAUACUUGGGACAGCUGUGGUGGAUUAUCGUGGUGUCCGUGUUAUUGCUCAGACAAUCGUUCCCGGGAUACUGGAGAAAAAUCAGGAGCAGAGUAUAGUUUAUGGCUCCAAUGACAAUGGAAAAACUGUUUUUACACACCCGAGGUUUCUGGAGAUGCUGGAUAAAGCCAGUAAACCGCUGAGAAUCCAGCAUCAUCAGGUGCUCGACCACAACAACAGACCAGUGGAGCUUUGCUCUGGCAUAGAGACCAUAGGCAUCCUGGGUAAUGAUGGGCGACCUUACAUCUUGGACCUCCUGCGAACCUUCCCCCCAGAUCUUAACUUCCAGUUCUCAGAGACCGAGGAGAACAAGGAGGAGGUGCCAAAGGAGUGUCAGAGCUUUGGUUACCCAUGUCACCAUCGUCACAGUCUAGCCAGCUUGAGACCUGAGCUGAUAGAGGCCUUCGUCCAGCACAGGUAUGAGCUUUUCAUGAAGAUAGUGUCCCAUGAGCUGAGCCAACUGACUGAACAGGAUAAAGCUGCAGAGCGGAGUGAGGAGCCUGUCUGUGAUUCAAAUACUGGGGAGAGAGCUGCAGCCAUGGAUGACAUGGAAAUUCGGAGAACAAAUGUGAUCCUGAAAGCUUGUAGAGCCGUUGGAUCAGUGAGCAACUCCUACUUUGACAUCCGCUUCAAUCCCGAUGUUUGCUCUCCAGGUGCUCGAUUCCCCGCUGAGUCUUUGGAGGAGGUUCAGAGGCAGAGACGCCUGCUGUGGGAGGCAGCUGCUUUUCUCCUGUCUCAUCAGAUUCCGGCAGCGCUGAGGGACUGUCUUGACCAUACAGUAAUGCCAAUGGACGGAGCAACUCUGACCUCAGCGCUACAUCAGCGGGGUGUGAACGUGCGAUAUCUGGGCACCAUACUGAUGGAGCUCGACAGGGUGGAGGAGACAGGAAGACUCGGCCACAUACAGAGAAUUUCUAUCAGUGAAAUCAUCCUCAGAAGUGCCAAACACAUCUUCAGGACCUACCUACAGGAUGUGGAACCUGCAGCUUUCUCUGCAGCUGUCAGUCACUUCCUAAACUGCCUCCUGAGCUCCUCCUCCUCCUGUUUCCCGGACUCCUGCUCAGAUGAGCUGCUCUCUCGCCGUAAGAGCCGCCGCCGCCGGAGCUACGGGGCUCGAGUCGCAUUGUUGGGCGACAGCGUGUGGGCUAGGCUGACUUCCAGUGAGUUGUGGGCCAGGAUCAAGGCUGAGGCUCAAGAUUAUUACCACUACAAGUUUGACAGUGAAGACAUAAAUGAGGUAAUAGAAAAGCACAACCUUCAGAGGAUCUCCCUGCUGAGAGAGAUUGCCAUGAAGACAGGCAUCCAGGUGCAGCUGAGGGAAUAUGUCUUUGAGUCUCGACACAAGCCAGCGUUUGGCGAGGAAGAUGUCAUCAACAUGUUUCCUGUGGUCCGGCACCUCAAACCCACGUCGUCCGAUGCCACGCAGCUUGUUCAGCAAGCCCAGCUGGCAGUGCAACAGGGGCUUCUCAAGGAAGGUUAUGAAUUGAUUAGCCAGGCCCUGACUCUGUUCAGCAGCGUGUGCGGGGUCCUGCACGAGGACGUGUGCAUGUGCCUGCGUCUCCUCGGACGGCUCAGCUACAUCCUUGGGGAAAAUGCAGAUGCCCUCAGCCACCAGGAAAAGGCAGUAAUGAGUUCUGAGAGAGUACACGGUAUAGACCAUCCACAGACCAUACAAGAUUAUACUUUUCUGGCCCUGUUCUGCUUUGCUGGAGGCCAGCACUCGACCUCCCUACAGCUGCUAUAUCGCGCUCGGUACCUCACCCUGCUUGUUAGUGGGGAUGACCAUCCACAAGUUGCAUUAUUGGAUAGCAUGCUGGGUCUGGUACUUCAUGGACUGAUGGAGUAUGAACUGUCCCUGAAGUUCCUGCAGAAUGCCUUAACUUUAACCUCAAAAUACCACGGUGCCACGUCCCUGAAAUAUGCACACAGUCAUCACCUGCUGGCCACUGUGCACGAGAGUAAAGGGGAGUUUCGGUCAGCACUGCACCAUGAGAAAGAGGCUUAUUCGAUAUAUAAGAGCCAGGUUGGUGAGAACCAUAACAAUGCAAAGGAAAGCUUGGAGUACCUGAAGAGCCUCACUCAGCAGGCCGUGAUCCUUCAGAAAGCCAUCAACCAAAUCUACAGUAACACACCUAGUGCCUGUAUCCCACCGCCAAAGUUUUCCACACCGAGCCUUCCCGUAAUACUUCAGCAGCUCAAUCUGACAUGUGGAAUCAUUCUCAUCCCCCUCAGUGCAAAAGAAAUUGACGACCUGCAGGCCGAGUUUAAAGGGGAGGAAAAAGUGAAAGCGGAAGAGCUUGAAAAUCACUUCUUAAAGCAAAACAAACUGAGUUCUGUUGACAAGAGACAACAAUACUGACCUAUGAAGUAAGGAGACAGUCACAAUGGGACACCUGUGUACUCUGUGAAAAUGACCGUGGACAAUGAGCAACAAUGGCAGAUGAAAGCGAGGUAAAUCGCUGGUGUUAAUAAGUAGGUCACCCAGGUGCACUCGUCUCCUGUUCAAAGAGGACUUUGUUCUGCUCUUGCCAGUACGAGACAGGAGAUGGUAGAGAUCAUUAUCUAUAUCUGCGCUACAUAGAUUAUAAGUGCCAUAAUAAAGCUCAUGUAUGAGACUGUAUGUGAUCGAUGGCAAGUAUGUUCAACUCCAUUCCUUUUUGUCAUGAAAGUGGAUAAAUGAAACCACCAAUUGCGCUGCUAGAUGAAUGGAAAAGCACAGUACGUUUCACACUAUGUAUACUGACAAAAAAUAUAUAGCCACAGUGUUCAAAUGUCUUUAAAUGGCAUGCUCUCUUCUUGCACUACCCUGAGUGCCCACUGGGUUUCACACUUGUGCCAUGAGCAUUUCUCAGAACAAGGUAGAUGAGUUCCCAUUAUGCAAACGAGAUAGAUUAAAAAAAGACUUAACUGUUUUUAUUUUAUAGGUCCAUUGUCUGUUUUGUAUUGUGCUAUAGGCUAUAGCCCUAAAAGCGACUCUCUUUGUGUUUUUUCUCAUGCAACAUACUUAUAAAAAUUAUGUAUGAAUUAAGUGACAUUCUGGUGUGUGUGAAGACAAUGGGAAAGGGGGCCGCUUUGACAAGUAGUUCAUUGUGUGAGACAUGCAAGAUUGUUUUAGAUGUGUACCAGCACCCUCAUUACAAUUUAGCUGUCAUUAAUUCCAUCAUAUUUUUUAUUCUAUAACACAAAGCUGAAAAGGAGAACAUUAGGCUUUGAAAGUGUAUUUUUACUUCAGUGGCAGUUACAUAUAUUUUACAUAUUCUCCCAUCUGAAAAUGUCCAGGUAUUUCUGACAUAGUUUCCUGUGAGUUGUUUAUUAUUCAACAUCCGUGGAGUCGAAGCAUGGUGGUGUAAAUGCAUCUAUACAAAUCAAAUUCAAGUGAAAACAUCAUAGA